UUUUGAUGACCUAAGAAACACAAACACGAGUCAACGAGAUGGCGCAACCAAACGUGAUACUGUUACAUGAUUGGCUACUAGGCGUGUCACUCCAUACGUUGCUAGGUACCAGAGGACGAGAGCCGGCGGAGCUAGCGGCCGGCGGAGCUAGACUCUUUGCACCGGUUUCUUCCAACGAGGAAAAAAAAAAGAUCGAAACGUUCUAUCGAACGCAUUUCCUAUUGAUAUUGAUUACGUGUCUAUCGCGAUACAUAUCGUUAUCGUUUUAUCGCCCAGCCCUACUGCAUAGUGCACUAUGUUGUGAGUAGGGGGUGAUCAGCCUCUGAAACACUUCCGGGUCACUCCACCUUCCUUAGCAGCCCUCUGGAGCGCUGCCGUGACAUGAAUAGUGAAACGAAUCGCAGAUGCGCGAACAACACAGCACUGCGGAGAACGGGCCGACACUGACUGCAGUGCAACGCCGCACCACAGCGAGCCGUCCACGCCGGUAGACCCACGCACACGAUGCCUUCUCCUAAAGCCAAAGCCCCCGCUCGCAGCGGAGGGAGCCCGGUGCUCGGCAGCGCCAACGGCCGCUUCGAGUUCAUGUCGCUGACGAAGCCGCUGAGCCGGUCGUCGACGCCGCCGCACCUCCUCCAGCGGCAGGGCACCGACUCGCCCGCCGCCCGGCUCCGCGCCUCGGAGAGCCCCACGCGGCGCCGCGGGUCCAGCUCGUCCACGGGCUCGGCGAGCGGCCAGGCGCCGCCGGAGGAGGACGGCAUACGGCUCAACCCGUCGUUCUUCCGCGUGGCGCUCAGCUCGCUGCUCGCCAUCGACCUGUGGCUGUCCAAGCGGCUCGGCGUGUGCGCCUGCGAGGACUCGUCCUGCGGCAGCGUGCGCCCCCUGAUGAAGCUGAUCGAGAUCUCGGGCCACGGCAUCCCCUGGCUGGUGGGCACCGCCUACUGCAUGUACAAGAGCGACAGCGCCGCGGGGCAGGAAGUCAUGCUCAACCUCUUCAUGGGCCUGCUGUUGGAUCUCGUCCUGGUUGGCAUCGUUAAGGCGGUGGUUCGUCGGCGUCGGCCGGCACAUAACCGCAUGGACAUGUUUGCCACCUUUUCUGUGGACCGCUACUCCUUUCCUUCUGGCCAUGCAACCCGUGCAGCCAUGUGUGGGCGUUUUUUGCUGGCUCACCUCGUGCUGGCCGCCCCACUCAGGGUCCUUGUCCUGCUGUGGGCCGGCCUGGUGGGGCUGAGCCGCGUGCUGCUGGGCAGGCACAAUGUGACUGAUGUGGUCUUUGGGUUCUGGAUGGGCUACUGGCAGUACAACCUGGUGGAGAUGCUGUGGCUCUCGCCUCAAACCCUGCAGGAGAUGCUGGGGCAGUAAGAUCAUCAUUAGGGACUGGAGAGGAAGGAAAUGUGGCAUUUUUAAAUAUUGAUUGUAGGAGCGCCUGCACACCAGCUGUCCUUUAGAUUGAUGAGAGAUGAUCGAUGGUUGUUUAUCUAUAGAGGAGAUCUCUAUCGCACUCAUUUUUCUUCUUUUGUUAUCUGACAGUAAUCUUCCGGCAGAAGCGGCCUCAUUUCAUUCUGUUUACCUCCUGAAGUCACUUCCGUUUCCCUCACUGACCUGAGUCACCUGCAGUCUGAAGUAUGGGAGUUGUUUUGCACCCUGGAAAUUAGUUUGAAUGCAAGUAUGAAUAAGAGUCAAUUUAUUAUCUAUUAUCUUUAUUUUUCACUUUGAAUAGACACCUCCUGUGAUUUGUUCCUGUAUUGUGGGACAGAGGAUUGGUUUAUGAACAGCAGCACAGUUUUUAUUUGGAUUUCAUCAGUUAAAAAUCUGUAGAGAAUUUUUAACACAUUCUGCUUGCCUGCAGCAUUUUAGUGCACACAUUCAAACAGCUUGAUUUGCUAAUGUAGGUCAGGAAUAUAAUUUUUUUCCCCAGAUUUAACGUCCUGAUUUGACCUGUCCUGAUUUACCUUGUCCUGAUUUGACAUCUUUUGCCACGGCCUUGGAGAGAGCUGUGAUUAUAUGCUCUAAUGAUUUCACAGGUGUGGUUGUUCACUUCAGUAAUAUAAAGUCACCAUUUGCCCCACCUAGGUUCCUGCUUUUCAUUCGGUGUGGGAUAAUUGCAGUGAAAUGCGAACUGUAACUGGCAGUGACUCUCAUAGACACCUGUAAUUUAAAGCAAGUUAAAUACAGUAAAACAAAAGUAAAUGGUACAUCAGUUGCUGUAUCCAAAGCUGUUUUACCUGAUUAAAUUCCUUGUUCAGUACCACAGACUAACGACUAGACGACCAACGGCUCACAAACGCAAUUUCUCCCACUGAAGCAGAGUUCGUGGGUGCACCCUGCCCACCUGCAUUUACCUGUCCUCUUUCUUGAGGGUGAUUUCUAGAAACUGAUCUUGGUAUUAACAAUAUAUUUUUAAGUUGCAGUCCAUACUCAUGUUCGCCUACAGCUCUCUCCUCAGCCACACAGUAAACAAUAAUCAUGACCACAUCUGGUAGAAUAGACUUUAUAUUAUCUCGAGUAAACACAUCCAAACCACCAUAAACACCAUUAACCACUGUUGAAUUAAAUGAUUGCUAAUCAGCAAUCUGCAUAUAGGUAAUACACCUACACACCUUAAUUAUUGCAUGCAUUUAAAACACUUAGAGAAAGUUUUAUCAUGCAAAAUAUGGUUGUCAUGUUUGAUUUAUAAACCUCCUCAAAACUGUAUCACUUCUUUAUAGAUCAGAUUUUAUUUAAUAAGUAUCAUGGUCUAAGCAUAAAAAAUCUAUUUCCUAAACAAUUUAUCCACGUCAGAAGAAGAAGAAGUAGUGUGUGGGCGUCCUCUUCUCUAAUCAUUGACCAUUUCAACUGGUGUUGGCUAAAGAACUACUGUACAGUUCACUUGUCUAUUUAACGAACACAGUUUAUUUAUUGGAUGGACUUGAGUCUUAGGGGGCUUCUUUCUUUACAUCUGCAUUGUGAAGUAGUGAGUCAUCCAUUUAUUAAAUAUAACCCGAUAAUGUUAUGUUGAGUAAAUGGUAAGAGUCACUGAUUUGCUGUUUCACUUCAGCGCAACGAUAAUGACUGUACACUUAUGAUUCAUGGAUUUGUCUUCAUGCGUUGGAAUUGCAUAAAAACAUACUUUCUUUGUUUACACAACACAGCAAGUUAAAUAAUAUGAUCAGCUGUUGUUUUUUAAGGGAUAUUGGCCUGUAGUUUGGCAACAAAAUGAGAUCUGUGCAAUUGGAAAAUAAGCUGUGAGUCUGUUUAUACAGUUUUCAAUCAAAGUCUCUUUCUGAUUCCAUGAAACUCGUAUUAAUCAAAAUUUGUGGGAGUUUUGGGGCAGUGUGCCUCUCGUCUGCUCAAAAGCUCUCACCUCUGAGUUUGACUUAUGAAAUAAAUCUUGGAGGACGGAAGAAAUAAGAACAUUCCUGAAAUGCAUUCAGCUCUAUAACAAACUUGAUAUCUAGAUUUGAUUGAGGGUUAUACUGGCUACGGUCAUAACCUCACAAUCGAAAUCUCAGUCAAUGAAUAUAUCUAUAUAUAAAUGGGCCUAUGUGGCACUUUAAAGUAAUCCACUAUUUAAGAAAAGAAGAAAAAAGCCUGAAUGGGGCUGUGUAACGAAGCGAGUCAUGUCACGUCAGUAUGUUGGCAUCAAGUUAGGUUGGGUGUCUCAACUGUUUAAUCUGUUAUGUAAUGACCCGGUGCACUGCCAGGGGUCAUCGAUCAGUGAACAGGUCAGCGAAGUACUAGAUGCCAAGAGCAGCUGCAAAAAAUAUAAGUAACAAUGAUUUUUUAAUUAUUGUUCUUUGUGACAUUCAUGACAGUUUUGUGGAAACAAUCUCUCAUCCACUAACUCUGACGAAAUGUGACGUCAUGUGAUGCUGUCGCAGUCUCAGUUGGAAGAUUCAAGGCAAUAAUCUGGUUUGGGAUUAAUAGUUAAUUAUUGAACUGUUGGAAAUAACUGAUGAUGAAGGAAUGCUGCUGUGACCUGCUCAACUGGUUUAAUUACAACAUCUACAGCACACUGUAUGCAUGUCUGAGCGUUGAUCCCUCCCAACACUGAUGUCCCAUUGACAGGUCAUAGGGCUGUUGAGGACGGUGCACGUACUGCUUCCUAGAAUCAGCGAGUUUGAUGAUUGAACCACAUCUAUGCACCAACACACUGAUUCAGAGUUCAUUGCCAAAGCUGAGAUCAAACAUUAACAUUAUAAAUUUGGGAGAGCGGUUGCACAACAGUUUUGCUUACCUCGCGCGCGCACACACACACACACACACACACACACACACACACACACACACACACACACACACACACACACACUGUAGCACUGCCAGAAACCAGAAUUUGUUCAUCUGCAGGUGCACUUUGAUUUGGUGUGGUGGUCUGUUUUAAUUUGUCUAUUAUUUUUGGUCAGAUAUGUGAAUACUUGGUUUCUGUGUGAAUCAAUUUCAGCUAUUCACAAAUUACUCAACAGUUUUAAAUGUGUGUGUGUGUGUGUGUGUGUGUGUGUGUGUGUGUGUGUGUGUGUGUGUGUGUGUGUGUGUGUGUGUGUGUGUGUGUGUGUGUGUGUGUGUGUGUGUGUGUGUGUGUGUGUGUGUGUGUGUGUGUGUGUGUGUGUGUGUGUGUGUGUGUACAGUAGCUUCUACAAGUGAUGUUCUUCACCUCCUGAAAGUUUUCUGACUUUGAGAUGAACCAGAUGUAACAGACUGUUCUAUAUACUGGUGCCGCAUUGUAGACUGUCAUUGAUCCCUCACAUGCUAUUCUUUCUUUCUGCAAUAAAUGACCAACGAUAUUCCCCAUGUGAGCAAUUAGAUAUAAGCAAGUGGCAAAUGAGGUGCCAGCCUCUUCAUUCCACUGGACGUCUGAGGCAAAUCUAAUAUGCUGAAUAGUGACCAAAUACGUUUUAUGAUUGACUUCUGUGUUUUACGUCUUGAUGUUGGGAAGAAUCAGAAAAAUAAGACAAAAUGUUAAUCAUCGUUUUCACAGGGUUUGGAAAUGAUUUUGCACAAACCACCUGUUUACACCAUCGUUUAAAUAGAUGCAUUUAUUUAUUUAUUCAGCUUGCACAUUGUGAAACAUGAAGCCAGCUCCAAUAUACUUCACUGCACUCAGUUUUGCCUGCUAUAUAAUAUAAAUUGUUAAUGCAUUUACUUUAAUGUCUUUUAGACAUGUGAUUACACUGUGUUAUAUUCAAUAUUCUCUCAGGAGUUAUUCCUGAAUGAUUGGAUUGUAGUUUUCUGAUUUUCGAAUAAAUGGGGAACAAAUCUUAA